AUGGUCAGUUUCUUUAAGAAAAGAAAUCCAAAUAGAAGCAGUGUUGCGUUUUCAUCGUCGGGUGGCAUGCCACCACCACCCUCAGCGUUGAAUGGCAGUGCUGGUUCCGUUGGAAAAUCAGAUUCCAGCAUGAACGAUUAUAUUGUAAAGUCUACCGAUGCCUAUGUCGAUCCAUCGACCAUAGCAAUUUUAAAGUCAUCGAGUGGCAUUCCCAUGUCGAGUGUUCUUCUCGCACAACUCAAUGGAAGUUCCGGAAAUAUUGGCAAUGCCAACAGUCAUAGUGGCGGCACCGGUGGAAGUAGUCGCGACUCAACCGGACACAGCAAUAGCAAUGGGCGCAACGGUGGAAGUAGCCGUGAGUUCAACAGCAGCAAAGACGGAGCAUCGUAUUUGUCACGUGACCACCAAGUCAACAACAACGACUACAUCAACUCGGUCAACUCGAAUUCCUCACUGAGAAACUCCUCGAAUUCCUCUUCGGAAGACGGCAACUCCUCCAAUCAACACAUUCGCAGACAAUCGAUACUGAAGAACAAGAAAUACCGUGAGUCUGUCGCCUACACCGAGAAGGACAUCUUUCCAAACGGUGUCAGACGUGAACUCAAAGGAAUCAUGUUGAUGGGUGAGGGACAUGACGAUGUCAUUCGUCGUGCUCGUACCUACAUCAACGCCAACGGUGAACUUCACUUUACACUCGAGGAUCUCGAUCAAUAUAUGUUACCAAACGACUUUGAUGACCGUUAUCCAUCUCAACUACUCGUUCCAUCGAUUUACUCAAUGUCACGUAGAGGAUUCGAAGGAGAAGACGACGCUGAAGAUCUCCAAUGGGAUUCCGAAGAUGAAUCCGCAGAGCCAAAUGGUUUAUCCUCAUGGACACCUAAAUCUCCAGAAGUUUUAUCACAACAACAGCAACAACAACAACAAUCAAAUACUCAACAACAAAAACAACAAUCAAAUUCAAUACAAAGAAACUCCAAUAUUCAACAACAAGUAGAUUUAUCACCAAAGAGAAUACAAUUAUUAGAACCACAAAUUGAAAUGACACCAAUACAACCACCUCAACAACAACAACAACAGAGAAUGAGUUCAACAGAGAGUGAAGACGAAGCAGAGAAUGAACAAUUACAAACUAAAUAUAUAAUGGAGUUGGCAGCUGCCAAUCAAGAUGGUAUUUCUUAUCGUGAUGAUCUCGAUACAGAAGCAAUCGAUUUGAAGACAGAAGAUAUCUCCAAGAUUGACACUAUCCAUUUGCGUACCGAGUAUAAUAUCGGUGGUGAUGACAAUAGCAGUCAGAAUACCGAAGACGAUUCCUUCUCUGACAUUAUGAACGACUAUCAAUUCUUUUCAAACGGUACUCAGAAGCCGCCAAGCAGAUGUCUCACAAGCGAAGAAGCAGUCCGUGACGAAGAUGAAGAUGACGAUACCAGCUCCUAUGACUCUGACACCAUCUCUGAAGACGACUACAAACUGCUAUCGAUUCGCAAUGGUUAUAAAAUCGAUGUACAAUACGAAGAGGAGGAGAAUUUCGAUGCCGAUGUCGAAGAUGGUGGUGACAAUGAAGAGGUAGUACUAGUAAAUACAACAAGAAAACAAUCAAUCAUAAACUAUUUCGAUCAGAAUACUGCUCCACCUUAUAUUGCCAUUGAAAAAGAAAGAUUAGAGAAAGAGAGGUUAGAGAAAGAAAGAUUGGAAAAGGAACGUUUGGAAAAGGAAAGAGUAGAGAAGGAACGUUUGGAAAAGGAAAGAUUGGAAAAGGAGCGUUUGGAGAAAGAACGUUUGUCAAAGUUGGAAAAGGAAAGAUUAGAAAAGGAGCGUUUGGCAAAAUUAGAGAAAGAAAGAUUAGAAAAAGAGAGAUUAGAGAAGGAACGUUUGGAGAAAGAAAGAUUAGAAAAAGAGAGAUUGGAGAAAGAACGUUUGGUUUUGGAGAAGUUAGAGAGAGAACGUUUGGAGAAAGAGAACCUGGAGAAGGAAAGAUUGGAGAAAGAGCGUUUGGAGAAAGAAAGAAUAGAAAAGAUGAUGAACGAGGCACUGGGUACACAGAAAUCAAAGACCACAUCAUCUUCCAUCGAUUUGAAUGAUUUCGAUUUGUUAGAGUCUCUCACUGCCAUCAUCGAUUCACCACUCUCCAAUCCGGUCAUUGCCAAUCCAAUUAGUUUGAGUUCGCGUGAGAUUCCACCACCAUCGCAGACUACACCGAUUCCACUGUAUCGCAAGGAGUCCAGUGUGUCGAGCAUCAACGUUGACCUGCAAUCCAAGAGUUCCAUCGACGAUAUCUUUGACAAUAUAUUCAGUGUUGCCAAAGAUCGUCGUUUUUCCGUUUCAACAUCGGCGCAUGACGUGCGAGCCGGUCUCGAGAAUGAGAGACAGCGUUCGGCGAUUGAGCGUCAGAAACAGGCAGAAGAAGAACGAAAGAAAAAGGCAAUCGAAGAUCAAAAGAGAAAGGAAGAGGAGAACAGAAGAAAACUCCAUGAGGUUGAAAUGGAGCGUCAACGUAGACAAGAAGCAAUGCGUUUAAAGAAGAAGCUGGAGCAGGAAGAUGAAGAACGUGAACAGAAAAAGAUUGCCGAACAAAAGCUGUUGGAAGAUCAAAAGAAACAGUUGGCUGAGAAACAACAAUUGGAAAAAGAGCAAGCCGAGAAGGAUCGUUUGGAGAAAGAAAGACUGGUUAAAGAACAGUUGGAGAAGAGCCGAUUGGAACAAGAAGAGAGACUGGAAAGAGAAAGAAAGGAAGCCGAUAGACGGUUGAUUCUCAAGCGAGAAGCAGAGUAUCGUGAGAUGCAGAUAGAGUUUGAAGCAGAGAGAAAUAGAAUGAUUGAGAUCGAGAAGGAGAAUCAGAGAAUCACUGAGGAGAUGGAGCGUCAGCAACAAGCUGAGGAAGAGGCACGUCGUGAGCAAGAGAGAAAGCGACAGGCUGAAGCCGAUGCCAAGGUAGCCGAGCGUCAGAAGCAAAAGAAGAUCGAGAAGGAGAUUGAACAUCUUUCCAGUACAACCAAGAGUGUCCUCCUUGCUCAGAGUCUGAUGGACAACCCCUAUGGAUCGAUUCGACUGAAGGACGACGACGCUGCCACCCAGAGAAUAUUCGACAAGAUGCGCGAGUUAGAAGAAGGUGGCGAUGACUCUGAGAGCAACAGCGAUAGCAAUUCGUCGUAUAGCGAUGACGAAGGUAUCCAAGAGUAUCAUAAUCCAACCAAGAUUGGCAGCAACGACGAGAAAAAUAAUCUUUCCAACUUUCUUUUCAGCAACAAUAACAACAGCAAUAACAACAACAACAAACAGGUGAUAGAAGAAUCAAAUUUAAACUAUGUAAGUGACGAUGAUGAUUCAUCUUCCUCCUCAGAGGAGACUGAGCUGUCACACUCCUCAUACUCUUCACGCAGAGAAAUGAGUAGAUAA